GGACUCGCUUCAUAGUUAAAUUUCUCAUUUCGGAAUAAAUAGUCAAAACAAUGUCGACCUCCCGCACACUUGAUAAAAGUAAAUUAAUGCACAAAAAACUAAGUACCAAAUUAAUUUUAAUUUAUUUAAUUGUUUUUGGAAUUAAAUUUAAUUCUGCAUUUAAAAGUGAUAAUGAUAAAAAUGCCAAAUCAGUAACAUUUCAUUUUCCGGAAUAUGCCUACAAGGAAACAAGUAAAAAUGAACUUGCGUACCGGGAAUUCGAAUCCUCGUGUGAACAUUCGGUGGCUUGUGAGGAUUUGGAAGGAGUCGAUAAGGUAAAAUGUGCUCGAAAAUGUAUUUCACAUUCGUGUUAUCAGGAUAUUUAUGCAUUUGAUGAGCUAGAAGAAGGCGAAAUAGAUGUCCGGUUGAACUCCUUUAAGGGUUGUGUUAUUCAACGUUCCAGCAACUCACACCGCAUGUAGCAUAGGGAUAGCUUCUUGAAGAGGCUACAAAAUAUUGAAAUACUCAAUGAAAUUCAAUUGAAAUUAAAUAGUUUAUUUCAAAAAUAACCCAAAGAAGUGAAAUAAGGGAAAAUAUAGGGAUUCUGGAAUAACGACUUUUGUUAAAAUAAGAUCCCCAUGAUUUUAUUUGUUUAUUAAAUAUUCAAUAAAAUAAAGAAUAGAACACACUAAAAUGUUAUCCUCAAUCGCACAACAGUUAAGAGGAAUUUUUCCUAGAAGAAUUUUUAAACAUAUUAAAAUUUUGUGCAAUCUUAUACAUAUUUAAUUAUUUUAAAUAAAACUUAGAUACAAUAUUUUACGGAAAUAAUACAUUUUUGGUUAUAAUAUUAUAAAAAUAAAUUUUCUCUCAAGUUGAA